AUGCAACUGUAUAAAGUAACAAAGAAAAAAAUAGCUCAAGCUUUUGGCAAAUGGAUAAUGGAUGCUGUUACUCAAGGUUCUAUGCAAGCAGGAAAACCUGCUGGUGGAUUCAAUAUUGGAAAAGAAGCUGGGCAAUGGUUUUUCUCUGGAAGGAAACACGGGGUGGUGGAUGCUUCUGUGAAGAUUAAUUCUCUUGAUAAGACUGCUGUUGUUGGCCUCGUGUUGAUGAACUAUGAUUCAUUUUAUUCAAAGCUGCUUUACUUUUUAAAUGAUUGUGAGGAAUCUGUGAUGGAGAGGUUGCAUCAUUGUGGCUGA